UCCGAACCUUCGGCCGACCAUCGUAUCUCAUUCUACACAUUCCGUUUCAGGGGAGCGAGAGAUGGCGUUGUGGUUUUCCCGUACUUCUAGAAGGUUCCAAAGAUCUUCCUUCCCUUUCUCUCUCACCCAACCAUCUCUUCAAUAUCUCUUCCCUCCAUCUUCUUUCCUUGCACCUAAUAACGAUAAACCCUCACAAAAUCCCUUUCUCAAAACCCUCACAUUUUCCAGAACCCUAGAAACCGCUUUUCGGAAUCCGAAUUCCCAAUGGGUCUGCGGAAUUUCUGAAAUUCCAGCGGGAAGAAUCGACCGUUUGUGUCCGAAUCUGAGCACCGCGAGCAUCUCAACUUCUUCUGGUGUUGCGGAUGGAAGGGAAGCAGGCGGGGAUGGGCGCGGCAGCGGUUCUGAUCGUGGAGGAUCGAGCAAGGCCUCAUCGUCCUCGUGGAUUGAUUUCUAUCUGCCUGAGCCAGUCCGCGUGUAUGCUCGGCUCGCACGGUUGGAUAAGCCGAUCGGGACGUGGUUGUUGGCCUGGCCAUGUAUGUGGUCAAUUACCUUGGCUGCAACUCCUGGCAACCUUCCAGAUCUCAAGCUUUUGUCACUUUUUGGUUGUGGGGCGUUGCUUUUACGUGGAGCUGGUUGCACAGUGAAUGAUCUUCUUGACCGUGAUCUUGAUAUAAAGGUGGAGCGAACGAAGUCACGCCCAGUUGCAUCUGGCCUUUUGACACCAUUUCAGGGUCUUACUUUUCUUGGGUUUCAACUUCUUUUGGGUCUAGGGAUUCUCCUUCAACUAAAUAAUUAUAGCAUCGUGCUGGGGGCGUCAUCGCUGCUGCUAGUCUUCUCCUAUCCCCUCAUGAAGAGGCUGACAUUCUGGCCUCAAGCAUAUUUAGGUUUAACGUUUAACUGGGGAGCUUUAUUGGGAUGGAGUGCAGUUAAAGGAAGCCUGGAUCCUACAAUCGUCUUCCCGUUGUACUUUUCUGGUGUAUGUUGGACACUUGUGUAUGAUACAAUUUAUGCCCAUCAGGAUAAAGAAGAUGAUCUGAAAGUGGGUGUUAAGUCUACAGCCUUGAGGUUUGGGGAUCUGACAAAGAAUUGGGUUAGUGGAUUUGGUAUUGCGUGUAUUAGUAGCCUUGCUCUCAGUGGGUUCAAUGCUGAACUUGGAUGGCCAUAUUUUGCGUUUUUGAUGGCUGGAGCUGGGCAGUUAGGGUGGCAGAUUUGGACAGUUGACUUGUCAAAUCGUCCAGAUUGCAAUAGGAAAUUCGUUUCUAAUAAGUGGUUUGGAGCUAUUGUCUUCAGUGGGAUCUUGAUAGGGAGACUUGCAUCAUGAUAGGUAUACCUAUGUUUAACAUGAGUGGCUAGAUGGAUUGGGUGCAUUUUACAAAAUGGAUAAACUUCAGAGGAUUUUCACCAUGUCAUCUAUCUACAGGGAUGCUGGGUCAGAAGAUCACUCAUGUCCACAUGCCCUAUAUUUACGGGGAUCCACUUGGGUUUUGCUAUUGAACUUCCAGAUUUAAUUAAACAUUUGGCUGCAGUACAAUUCCUGAGGUAGAGCACGAGGUAUUCAUUCAUUUGACGCAGAAAUCUCAUGUGUGAGAUUUGAUUGACAGUUUUGUAACUUGAUAGUUUACAUUUCAUCCCAAUAAUGUAUGGUUAUGAUAACAUGACUCUGGAAGGUGAAGAAAGAAAAGAAGAGGUUUAUUAGGAUUAGGAUUGGUAUGCAUGUGAGCAGUACCCAAUGUUGGUCUGGUGGUUGAUUUUGCUGUUCUGAGGUGUCUUUGCUCUGUGGCCUCUUAAAUGAAUAAAUUACGUGGACACAACUUGCCUCCUCCA